AUGUCGUACGGAGGUGACCAGGGCGGCUACGGCGGUGGUGGCGGCGGCUACGGUGGCGGAGGCGGCUAUGGCGGCGGCGGUGGAAGCUACGGCGGCGGUGGUGGCGGCUAUGGCGGUGGCGGCCGAAGCUACGGAGGCGACCGUGGCGGCGGAGGAUACGGUGGUGGCGGAUCCUACGGCGGCGGCGGUGGUUUAUCCUCUUUUCUCAGCGGCGGACGCGGUGGUGGCCGAGGCGGCUACUCUGGUGGCGGAGGAGGCGGCGGCGGCGCCCGAUCGAACGGCCCUUCCGUCUUUGUCGGAAAUCUCCCCUGGAGCGCGCAAGAACACGAACUCUCCGAACUUUUCAGCGCUCACGGCCAAGUCGUCAAAUUCAGAAUCCUCGUUGACCGAGAAACCGGCCGAUCCAGAGGAAUGGGCUUUUGCGAGUUCGCUGAAGAGUCCUCCUGCCAAGCGGCGAUCGACAGUCUCAACGGACACGACUUCAACGGCCGUCAAAUUCGCGUCGACCACGCCAAGCGCAACUAG